AUGGCAGGGAGUCAAGACGAUCCCAGGGCCAGGGACUCGAAGGUCGCAGGCGCCGUCAUGGUCUGCGAUCGCGUUGGGCUUUCUAUGGAGACGGCACUGUUGCAGCUUUGGCAGCUGCCCAUGACGGAUCGGUUGCUUGAGGAGCACCUGAAACUGUGGACAUCCGCGCUCGUCAUGUUCGGCACAUUCUUCGAGAACGGGUGGAUCCUCUGGGAUGCCAAACCUGACAACUACGGCAUGGACGAGGGAAACUACGAGCGGUUGCAGUUCUUGGACCUCGCGGCCAUAGACGACAGAGGUGAAGAAACGACCCGCGAAGAUGGCCAGCUGCUGUACAGGAUCAUGCAGCGCUUUUGCAAGGCAACAGUCGACUUGCUGGGAGCGGGAGGCACUCAUGAAACGUGGCGGGAAUGGCUGGUGCCGCUUUUCAAGAACAUGUGUCCCCGGUACUUGGGCCAAGCUGCUGAAUUGAUCGACGAAAAGAUAAUGCGUGCAUUUGCAGAGCACAUGUUCAGGCUUCUCGGCAGAAAGAGCUGGCUGCUCGUGCUCGUUGCUUUGCGGUUGAUCGUAUGUCCUGAUCGCGAGGAUUUCGACGUCUCCCGCAUCUUCGUUUGCCGACAGGUGUUCUGGGGAUUGUGGCUGGAAACAGGAGCUAGUGCACAAGACCUCACGGCCAGGAGCCAGCCGACGGGGGAGUCCGAGCCUGCGAAGAAGUCCGGGCCUCAAGUCACGACGGUGGCGGUCGGCGUCUCCUUGUUGGAUUCCGAGCUUAGGCCAAGCAAAAGAAAUCUGACGGCCAGGAACGAGCCGUGGAAGGAGUCGGAGCCUGCCAAGAAGUCCGGACCUCAAGUCGAGACGAUGGCGGCCAGUCUUUGGGUCCUGCCAGCAACCCAGCAGAGGAACGAGCCGUCGAAGGAGUCGGAGCCUGCCGAGAAGUCCGGACCUCAGGUCACGACGAUGGCGGCCGGUGGUUGGCUCCCGCCAGCAACUGUGCAGACGUGCGUGAAGGCCAGGAACGAGCCGUGGAAAGAGUCGCCGCGGGAAGAGUCGGAGCCUGCCAAGAAGUCCGGACCUCAGGCCACGACGAUGGCGGCCAGUGGUUGGCUCCUGCCAGCAACUGUGCAGAGGUGCGUGAAGGCCAGGAACGAGCCGUGGAAAGAGUCGCCGCGGGAAGAGUCGGAGCCUGCCGAGAAGUCCGGUUCUCGAGUCACGAGGUGCGGUGUCUUGCUGGCCGCUGAGCUCAGGCAACGCAUGGAUGCAUCGCGAGAUUUAAGCGAAUGGGGACCCACCGUGUGCGAGGGGUUGCUUGGUCGCAGUGCACUGGUGGUGUUCCAGGUGCUGCCCAAGGAAGAAGGCGAUACUGCGAUAGAGCUCUUGUGCACCGUGAAGGAGAAGGACGUCGAGGUGAUUGAAUCGGUUCAACACGUGCAAGCGCACGUUUUGGCGGCGACACCACGGGAUGUCUCUCACAUGAUUGAGGGCGAGCGCGAGCCCGGGCUUCUUCGGGUUGAGCUUGUCUGCAGUACCGCAUGGACGCCCACCGACAAAUAUGCGGAGCGUCACAGAGUGCGUCAGUGCAUGCAUGUCAACGCUUCCCUCGCGCGGGUCUACUGGGAUCAAAUGAAUCGGGACAGCUGGCCCAAGUCUUUGCAGGACUGGCACGAGAUUGUGGUUGGCAAGACUCAAAAGCGUGCAGAGGCACCUAAGUUGACGUUGGAAACCCUGGAGAAGGCGAUGAAGGACGUGACCGUCGUCGCUGACCAGAGGGGCUUUUACAACAAGCCUAUCCAUGAUCUAGACACACAUGAACGGGUCAAUCGAAAGACGACUAAACUGGACAAAAAGCCCCUCACGCGAGAAGAGCGCGAAGCCGAAGGGAGCACUUAUGGCGACCAGCAACCGAACAAGAGGAUGCGAGACAUUCCCAGCUACCGGCACAAGCCAUUGACGGCAUUGCUGCAGAACCUGCACCAACUUCUGCCGCUGGAGCGCUGCAACGAGCGAGGGCAGCGACCGGCCGGAUGCAGGGAGCGGCCGGCGAGAACGAAGCCGCGAAAGCAAUCCAGGAAAACCGAUCGAGGCAUGUUCAAGUUUGCCCAGCAUAGCAUGGUUAUCCAGCUGAACGACUUCAUCGAGGAGAAGUGCUUUGUACAGCCGACAGCUGCUGCAGAGGAGCAGGACUUUGGCUUUGUGCCGGCCGAGCUGCACAAUGUGGCCAGGGGCCUUGUUGCUUUCCUGAGGGUCAGAGCGUGCUCUUACGAUAACAUCUCGCAUGACAAGAAGACGGAGCAUUGGAGCCAUUGCUUGGAGUGGUGGGGUUUUUGGAUGUCGGACGAGGAAAUCCAAGCCGUGGCUGCACAAGCGACGUCCCUUGCAUUUACGCACAUGCGCUAUCUGAGUGCCUACGUGCGUUUGCAUAGAGCAACGUUUGCGCAGGAAAGUGUUGCCGCUGCCUCGCAGAUGUAG